AUGGAACUCAAAAAGGAGACAAAACGUAAGAUUUAUACCUUCAAGAGAGCAGGAGUGCCUUCUCCUCUAACUAUAGUCUUAACACAAUCUGCAAUCUUUCAUAAAACUCAAUCGGAUUUUGAGAUUGCAAGAAAUCUCAGAUCUGGUGAGGAUUCGAGUCCACCGAAUAAUUCUGCUACUGUCUUUAUUUCUGAUGUGGUAAUUGAUGAAAGUUUAGAAGAAUGGAAGUUUAGUUUAAUCGGUAGAUUAGAUCUUGUCAAGCUAAAAUUGAUAGUUGCUGAAACAAACUUGAGAAAACAAUGGAAGUUUACUGGUAAAUGUCAAAUUAUUCCAAUUGGUAGAGGUUUUUUCAUUAUCAAGCUAGAGAAUGGUGUGGAUAUGAAACACAUUUAUGAAGGUUUUUGGGAAGUGGAAACUCAAGUUCUUAGACUCAGAUAUUGGGAGAGAGAUUUCAAACCAGAGCUUCAAAAAACUUCUUCUGCUUUUGUUUGGGUUGUUUUUCCAGGAUUGAGCAUUGAAUACUGGAAGGAGAAUAUUUUGAUGACAAUGGGUACUGCAAUUAGAAGAUCAAGUAGGGUUGAUGACACCACAUUGAAGAAAGAAAUUGGAUACUAUGCUAGUAUCUUGGUUGAAGUUGAUUUAUCAAAGGCAAAUCCAAAUAAAGUUUGGAUUGAAUCUAAGUAUGGUAAAUUUGAACAGGCAGUUAGAGUAUAUAAUGUUCCAAAAUUCUGUAAUCAUUGUAAAAUGAUUGGAUAUUAUGUAGCAGAAUGUAGAAUAAAGAGAAGAGAGCAAGCACAAAAGGAGAAAACACAUGAUGUACCACCUCAACAACAUUGGAGGUAUACUCCUAAGAAAGCUCCAGCUAAACCUGUGGUGGGUUUUGACAUUUUUCCUCCUCCUCAACAAAAUAUUCAAGGAGAACAAUUUUCACAGGAAGCAGUAAGUAACAAUAUUUUGAUUCCAUUUAAUCGGCAGCUAGAAACUAUUGAUGAAGAUAAUAUGUGUUUCAGUGGUAGCUUAGAUUCUACUCAAGAAUUCCCACAACUUUCUGUUGAGAAAUUACUAGAAUUUGGUAGUAGUAUUCCUCCUAUACACAAUAUAACUCCAAUAACAACAGUGGAAUCUGCUGAAGUAAUUACUGCUCAAGUUUUAUCAAAUUUGGAGGAGGGUGAAUGGAAAGAUGUUUCUGGUAAAGCAACUAAAGCAAGGAAACUCAAUGUUUCAAAAGAAAAUUCAUCUGGUGGUAAAGAUUUUGCUUCUCCUAGUAAAUUUAAUGUUUUGCUAGAGGUGGAUGGUAAGCAGGAGCCAGCUAAAAACAUGAAUAAGCCUUCAAAAGGAAAAAUAUUUAAAACUGCUCCAAAUGUGGUUACUAGAAAGCAAGCUAAUAAUUCAGUUGGUAAUAAUUCUGUUGGGGGAAGCUCUAAUGCUUCUCACAAUUCUCAAUCUCUAUGA